AUGUACCUGUUGAAGUUGGGAAAGAUCAUGAAUGCCAUCGGUUGGUUGGUUUCCGAUUUGGAAAUCGCUAUACUUGCACCGUUGCUAUUUUCUGUGGUGGGUGCGUACCAAUCCGCACAGAAACCAUCGCCGUCGUUCAAUCCGUUUGAGCAAGCAAAAACAGCAGCAGCAGCUGGGGCAUUGGGUCUUAUUCUUACAACUUCUCAGCCAGUAUUUGCCGAAACCGACGCUGCGGCGCAAAUUUCCCUAAACGCUCUCCCCCCAAACUCUAUUUCCGUUCAAAUUCAGGAUCUUCCUGUUGUUGGUAAGCUUAUUUCUGGUACUUAUACAAAAGUACCAGAUGGUUCCAUAAAAAAUCCUUCGAUUGUGAUCAAGUCUCCAUCGGAUAAAGUCAAGGCCGUCCAGAAUAUUGUCACAAACGGUCACUUGGAGUUCGAUGUAAGUGGUGUCAUUCAAACUCACAUUGAUGUGGACGUGGCAGCCGACAAAGCUGGCGUCGCCAAGGCACGAAUCUCUUCCGGCCUGAUUCCUAAACUACCCUUUCGAAAUCUUGCGUCGUCGGCUGUCGGAAGUCCAACCGGAGGUAAAGAAUCUGCUUGGAAUAUGGUGACAAACAUGGGAAGUGGAGAAACAUAUUAUUACAACGAAAAGACUGGAGCAACCCAGUAUGUGCGGCCCGACAAGUUUUAGCAAUAUCCGCAAUUAUUGGCUUACAGUUAAUCAACUUUGAAAAUGACAC